GACCUCCCCCAAGGCCACGGGAGCCGUCAGACGUUGAGAGCGUUGACGUUGGACGUGCGCGGCUGAGUGGAAAGAUGAGCGCUGACCAUCCCCCCCCGUAUGCCCCGGCUCCACCGGCGCAAGGCUUUGGAAGUUUGGCGGGCGCCGCGCCCUACCAGGCGGCGCCCUCCUCCUACUACCAGGGCCCGCAGGAGUACCUGACCCCGCCCGGCUACCCCAACCCCUUCUACGUCGGCCCCCAAGGCUGGGAUGCUCCCAAGACCUACGGGGGGCCGCCCAAACACACGGUGUAUGUGGUGGACCAGAACGAGGGUGCGGCCCACGUGGGUCGUGGUGGCGGCGGCGGAGCUUUGAGGUCGCUGUUGUCGGCGUGCUCCACCCUUCUGUGUUGCUGUUGUCUGUGUGACUUACUGACGCGUCACUUGUAACCUGGCCAAUACAUCUGGCUUGUUGCUAUGGCCACCGUGCCAACCGUGUCAUGCCAUCACUUUUCUGGCGGACCCAGCAAACUAAUAAACCUACUUUGGCUUGUUCCAUUGUUUGUGAUGAA